AUGUUUUGCCGAGCCGCUCGACAGGCGCAAAUUGCACUCCCUGUGCGAAAUGUAGCCACCAUCGCUUCGCAGGAGCCCUCUGGGCCAUCAGUGAAGACCAAAGUACCGGGACCAGCAUCAAUGGAAAUCAAGAAGAAAAUGGAUCCCUUGCAUCAAACCACGUCCGUGCGGAUUUUCGUGGACUUCGAAAAAUCGUUUGGUAAUUACAUGGUUGAUGCCGACGGAAACGCUCUACUCGACAUCUACACGCAGAUUUCUUCACUUCCUCUCGGGUACAAUCAUCCUGAUUUGGUCAAAGCCGCUGCUAAUCCACAUUUCAUUGCUGUGCAAACAAUGUUGUGUGGAACAUCUGCCAACGAGAAUGCCAUCAAGAAUGCGUUUAUUUGGUACAUGACGAAUCGUCGCGGUGGAAAUCCUCCCGAUCAGAAGGCUCUCGAUAGCGCCAUGAUGCAGAAUCAGCCCGGAACCCCUCGACUUUCGGUGCUUGGCUUCCAUGUCGACAUCCCAGCGUUCGAUUGGCCGAUUGCAAAAUUCCCUCGUUACAAAUACCCACUGGCUGACAAUAAAGCUUACAAUGAUGCCCAAGACAAAGAAUGCCUGAAAAGAUGUGCAAGAAAAAAUUGCCGAAUGGAAAAAGAAGUUGCUCCACUUCAGGAUCACGACGUGGCCGCUAUCAUCGUUGAGCCUAUUCAAGCCGAGGGUGGGGACAAUUACGGAAGUCCUGCCUUCUUCAAACAAUUACAGAAGAUCGCAGCCGAUAACGGCAUCGUCUUCAUUGUUGACGAGGUCCAAACCGGUGGUGGUGGAACGGGUGAUAUGUGGGCACACAGCCACUGGAACCUUGAUUCACCUCCUGAUAUUGUCACUUUCUCAAAAAAGCUUAUUACCGGAGGAUAUUACUAUAAGGAGAAUCUACGUAUCAAGGAGGGUUAUCGAAUUUACAACACUUGGAUGGGAGAUCCAACAAAGCUGUUCCUCUUAGAAAAAGUGGUCGAAGUCAUCAAACGAGACGACCUAAUCAACAAGACUAAAUUAGUGGGAGAAUAUUUCCAAAGCGAGCUCGCGAAUCUGCAGGCAAAUCACUCGUCGAAAGUCAGUCAGGCUCGUGGUUUGGGAACCUUUGCAGCCAUCGACUUCCCUAAUGCUUCAGUACGAGAUCAAUUCGUGGACAAGGCAAUCAAUCUCGGCCUGCAUUGCGGCGGAUGUGGCGAGAAGUCGCUGCGUUUCCGACCAUCGUUAGUGUACGACAAGAAGCACGUCGAAAUCACAUUUGAUCUGCUUGACAAGGCACUCAAACAGUUAUAA